AUGCACCCCGCGUCGGGCAUCUCCUACCAACAGCAGCAUUCGCACGAGCCGGCCUAUCAGCCCCCGAGUCGGCCCAGAGACGCGCCUUCCCGCCACCACUCCUCAACCUCCUCCUCUUCAUCCAACCACAACCACCCAGAGUAUCGCCCCUCGGCGGCGCUGUCAGCGCAAGCGCAUUCCCACACCGGCAGGAGCGCCUCGCAAGAGCAGCCGUUUGGGUCUGCUGACCACGCGCCGGCUCCUCCUCCUGGUGUCGUCGGUCAACAGCCCGGCGCUGAGUCUGCGCUCUUCCCGACCCCUCCGGACUCUGCAUCGCCGCAUAGCCCAGCUCCCGCACACUCUCGGUCCCAGCAUGCACCGAGCUCUGCUUACAUGGCCUCCACCGAUCCUGCGCUGAACUCCUCAGCCGCUUCCUCCACGUCGACCGUCACCGUCGUCCCUGCCAGCAGAUCCACCCCUCAGGCCGCCAUACCCUCCCCGGCCAGCGACCCGACAUGGUCACCGAGCGUGCACAACAGCCAGCACGGCGCUGUUGUUGAUACUGCUGCCGGCUCAUCACAAGCACAGAGGACGAUCCGGGUAAACGACCUCGCCCACAUACAGACCCUCGCCGGUCUGGACCUAGUGCCCAGCGCCGAGGGCGGUCUCAGCGACUCGGCAGCCCAAGACAUCAAGUUCGACAUUAGCGGGAUGCCCAUAGGAGACGUCAUCGAGAUGGUUGCUGCUCUGUUGACCAAAAUCACCACCACGAACGAUCUCCAGCACGACGCCCUGAACCGCAACGUGAACCACCAGAGGCAAGCACAGGCGCAAAGCGAGGGCUCCGAGUCGCACUCGAGCCCCUUCUCGACUUCUGUGCUGGCCUUUCACGGGAAGAACGUCCCCGCCAUCACCAUCCUGAGCUACCUGUCCCGAAUCCACAAGUAUUGCCCGACAACGUACGAGGUGUUCUUGAGCCUGCUGGUCUACUUUGACCGCAUGACGGAGCGCGUCAACGACAUGGUGAUGAAGGACGAGCAGGAGCGGAGGAAGUCGCUGGCGGAGAGGCGACCAACUGCCACGAGCUCGGCGGACGUCGAUACCCCCAUGGAGAAUGCUGGCCACCACGAGAGCGACGAGUCGGACGAGGAUCUGGCAGACGACAGCAGCGACGACGACGACGAUGACGCUGGGAGCGGGAAAGGGAAAAGCAUCGAGACCCACCCGGCGAGGACGGCCAGCGCCCACGACAGCAUGCCGUUGCCGUCGGCGACGUAUUUCGUGGUGGACAGCUUCAACAUCCAUCGGCUGAUCAUAGCCGGUGUCACUUGCGCGAGCAAAUUCUUCUCGGAUGUCUUUUACACCAAUUCGAGAUAUGCCAAGGUUGGUGGACUUCCCCUGGCCGAGCUCAACCACUUGGAGCUCCAGUUCCUGCUGCUCAACGACUUCCGACUCGCCGUGCCCGUCGAGGACCUCGAGGCCUACGCAACGAUGCUCGUCGAGUUUUAUGCGCGAGAGGUGAUUGCUCAUCGGCCCCGGGCGGCGGCGGCGGCGGCAGGGACCUCCGAACAUUGA